UGUUAAACCAUUCUUGGGGAAGUUGGAGUUAUGGAGAGUGCCUGGAGUUACCAACCGGCUUUUCCAAGAGGAGAAGGGUUGCACACACGAGGGCGUCACCAAAUGGAAACGGGAGGUCGUGGGUGUUGUAAGCAACCAGUUCCAUGCUCCCAAAGAAGAGGCGUUACCAAUCAGCUUCACCAAGAGGAGAAGGGUUGCGCACACGAGGGCGUCACCAAAUGGAAACGGGAGGUCGUGGGCGUUGUAA